GCCCGACGCUUGCCAGCGGAGGAGAACCCCCGUUGUCCCCGGGCCGCACAUCCUGGGAUAACGCCCUGGGUGCGGGCCGGGAGCGAGACCCGCUCGCAGCCCGCCGGCAACAGGUGGGACCUGAAUAACUUCACUCCCUUUCCCGGAGGGGGAAGAGGGACACAGGAGAGCCCAUGGGAAGAUUAGAUCAGAUGUUAUUGCCGGUGAAAAAUUAAAGAGAGCGGUGCUCUGGGGAGUGCAGAUUAAUAUAUUUGGUGACUCCGAGUGCACAAAGCCUCACCAUUGUGGCUGUGUCUGAAUGCCUGUGAAUAGGAUGGAGCAUAUGUGGCCUGUCACCGCAGGUGCCCACAUCUGUUCGUCUCCAGGCAGAUGCUCUCAGAAAAGGGGGGAGCAUUUCCAAAAGCUCAGGCCCGCCCCAUCCAUACCCAUCCUCUUUCUCUAAUCACCUUCUGCAGAGUAGUUUUUGCCUGCACCUUCUCUUACCCCCUGCCUACCCUGAACGCAGAAAAAUGAAGAAAUAAAUAAAACCUGCACAAAUUGGAAGUGGCUUGGAAAGCUCUGGAAGCACGUAAUCAAACUGCUGCCCCCUCUCCUCCCCCAGAGUUUAGUAGCAACAAGUUUUGUGCUGCAGCCAGCAUACAGUGCACAAGAUGCACACACUGUGCAAAGGGGGGGGAACACAAAAACCCUUCAAGCAUGAAAUGCAACACAGUACAGCAGCACUCUGUGCUGUCACAGGGCUCUAGAGAGUGACAUGCGCUGGAGUGGUGGUUUGCAGCUACUAUUUAUAGUUAUGGCUUGAGAUGAUGAUUAAUAAUGCUGGGCAAAAGAGGGAGUUUUCCUGCAAGAACUGGCAGAGAUGGUGAAUAUUGCUACUGAAGUUAGUAGCAGAACAGCAUCUUUCCAGCCAUCCAGCAGAAUCUUGCAGCUGCAAUGCAGAAUAUUUUUUGAGGUGUGCCAUCACAUUUUUUAUCACCUGUACAUGAUCUGAGUCCUAGUGCUCACCCUCCCUUUGUGACACUGCUGCCAAGACAAGCCAGGCCUCAGCACUGCAUGGCCUUGCUUGACAGGACAAAUGGGGUGCUGAGGCGCAGGAUAAAUAUCAGGAUCAAGGGAUAUUUAAUGUGGUAAGGCACUUAAGGUUUUCUAGUUCAAAUGUGUUCUGUAGCUUCUGGUGUGGUGAAGACCUUGAAUAUCCUACUGGCAAAGAUGCCAGGACUCCAAAUGCAAGACCGAGGUGCUCCCAAGGGGGUACGGGCAGGAAGAGCAUUUGAAACUGCGUGUUCCAGAGCAGGGGCAGGGGAAGGAAUGGGACCUGCCCAGCUCAGGGCACCCACAGGAGGUUUCGGGAAAAGUUAUGAUCCAGACCGGGGUGGGGGGAACCCGAGGGCUAAGGGAGGGCAAGGUGGGGGGAAACCUUAUUUCCCCGAACCCCUUUUCUCCUGUUGUUUCCUGGGGGGUCCCGUGGUUCUGGCCCUCUGGGCGGAGGUAAGCAGCCCUUCAUCCUUCCGACUUUGGGAGCAAUGACAGCUCACGCACACGAGUGAUUAAUUUUAUCCCUCUUAGUUUCCCACAAGCUAAAUCCCGUCGGAAGCAAGCCAGGGAGCAAACCCAAACAAACAAGUAGCGCAGAGAAACGGGGCCGGGGCGGGGGGAGGGGGUAUCUGGCUUUCUCCUCGUGUGCAAUCAGUAAAACACAUAUAGGGGCCACUUCGGGAUUUGCCCAGGGAAGGGUUGGAGAGCAGCUGGCUGCGGUAAUCUCCUCGGGAGACAAAGGAAUGCCCCGUCCCAGGAUCACAGAUUAAAAGAUCCGCGUUGAUAUAUCACUUCUCGCCUCCACCGACGGGCCACCACCCCAAUUUCAAGAAAGAUAUUGCCGCUCACCCCCGCCCCCCCCCCGCCCCACUCGCUUAGUAAACCUCAUACGAAGUGAUGUUUUCCCCCUCUCUCUCUUUUUCCCGGGGAUAACGCCGCAGCAAAGUUUGCGAAGCAGCGACAAGCCACUUGAAAAGAUGUUGACGCUAGGUGGCAAAAGUAAUGUGCAGUGAAAACAGGCGCUGCUGCGGGAUGCGCGCCCCCGCUCCCCGUGCUGAGGCUGGGCACGGCGGGGGCGGGCGGCCGGGCCUCCGGGGAUCCGCCGCUCGCUCCCUCCUGGGCCGCCUUCCCUACGUCCUCGCACUAUGCCUGCGGGAUUGCUGGUCCCUUCUCUGCCCAGACACAGCUCCCGGGUAAAAAAAACAAACAAACAAACAAAAAAACCCCCACAAAAACCAAAACCUAAAAACAACAACAACAAAAAACCAAACACAAACAUUCCUGUACAUUUUAAACUUUUGCUAAUGCGUCGAGGGGCGGGAAGAGGAGAGAGGAAGAGCGCCUGGAUGUAGAUGGCUCGUUCGACUACAAUUAGAUGUAAAGGACGCACGUUGAGUGGCAAAACGUUGCAAAGAUCUGGACUUGCACCAAGAUGCUUGUACCAAGGGUUGGAGUAGGUGGCCUGGGUUUGGGGCAGGUGCCACAAACCCCUCGUAAAUGAAUGUGGGCAGCUACAGUCCUGGAACAGUCAAGAAGAGCUGGGCUGAAUGAACUCAUUAGUGAUUUUCUUUUAAUUGGUAUUACUCAAUGCUUUUACUUUAAGAAGUCUUUAAGAUUUUUUUUUCCUAGCACAUUGUAAGAUAAUUUGUGAUUAAGACAUCUGCUUCAAUGGAAGCCACAUUUUGCCAUGCAAAUGCACGUUUCAACCCAAUAAAGUCGCCAUAAUAAGGCUUUUAGCACGGCAUACCUACAGUGAGGUUAUUGUAGCCAAAUCCUCUCCUUUCGCACACAAGCUUAAUCUGUGCUGAAAUGAUCUGUUACAAUUAAAAUGACAUUUACAGAGACAGUUACACCUUGCAUCCUAAUGAAUCCGCCUGCGCCUACCAAAGGUGUUUAAACAGGGGGCCUAAACAAAGUGGAAAACCCUGCUUCGAGUGACAUGCCAGAGUCGCCCUCCAACUUUUAUCCCCUGCUUCCAUACAUCAUUAAGAAACUGCUCAAAUGGUAAUAGUCUCUAUCCCUUUUUCACUGCACCAGUAAACUCCUUUCUGCAUUUUAAAGAUCAAAACAAAAGUUGUACUGUCUAAUGGGUACGUAAAAAUUUUUGUAAAGGUGACGACUGGUGUAAAUUUGGGCUAGUUUAUUUUGUGCUCGUAUGUGUGUGUAUGUGAGUGUGUGUGAAUGUGUGUUGCGGAGGGGGGAAGUGCUGGAAGGGAUUUCUUUAAAAAAUGUGCGGACAUUGUUGUAGAGGCAGUAGCGUGCGCCGAGGGGAGCUCUUUCUCUCCCUCGCAUUGUGCAGGGAGCAGGUGCUGUCUACAUUACCAUACAGCUGAGAGCACAAAGAGCUAACUGAUUCAGCCCUCACACAAUAACAAACGGCCUUAAUGACAGCCACGCGAACGACACACACCAAACUCACUUUUUACUAAGCUGAAGGACGAAAAAAGAGGGAGGGAGAGAGAGAGAGACGGAGAGAGCGAGGGAGAGAUUGCUGGUGAUGAUGAUAAUAAUCAAAGAGGGGUGCGGGACCCGGGCGCAGCGAGUGGCUCUCUCCGGCAGCGGUGGUGGCGGGGACGGGACCCGCGGAGCCCCGCAAACCGGUCCCGCCACGAGUGCCCGCCGCGAGCCCGCCCGCGUCCUCCCUCGCCGCCGGACCCUCGGGCAUCCCGGGUGCCUCUGCCGGCGGGAUGCGCGCCAUGAGCGGAGCCACGGGAAGAGUGAACCCCGGGUCACUUCGUCCACGUUCGUUGUCCCCCUCCCCAGUUACCCCGGUUAUGCCAGGGUAAAUGCAGUGUGAAUUUCACGGGAUGGGACUCCCCUCGAUGUGGCUCGAUGGCUCCCACCUCCCUCGUCCCUUUAACGCCGGAGAAGCCCCUUGGAGUAGUCACGAUCACCGAGUCACUUUUUGGGGUCACGGCGGCUGCUCUGCACGUUCCAAGAAGCAAUUACAGCCCGCCGUCCCCGGGGCUGCUCUCCGGCCGGAGCGUGUUGCACUGUCUCUCCCCGGUGCAGAGGGGGUGUUACCCUCUCGCCGGAGCAGAAGGGGGAUUCUUGCGGUUACCAAAUUUGCAGGAAUGUAAAUGAACACGUUUUGUGAGUGCGAAGGGGAGGGGGAGGAGGGUUGCACAUUUUACAGCUCACUGACCAUUUGGCGAUCCAUUGAGAGGAGGGUUUGGAAAAGUGGCUCCUUUGUGACAGCUCUAGCCAGAUUGGGGGGCUGCUCAUUUGCAUCUCAUUAGGCAUGCAGUCGGCCGGCGGGAUAUAAGGGCGGCAGGCGCCCAAGGAGAGGCAGAUCCUUAGCGCUUCACCCUCGGAGAGAGCCGCCGAGCCGAGCCGAGCCGAGCCGCGGCACGGAGCGGAGCGGAGCAGCGCAGAGCAGGCACCCCCUCCCCCGUAGGAGCACACCCGGACACGCUCUGUUCGCUGCUGUUGAGACACGAGCUUAUUUUUGUUGGCUGGGAUUCCUCUAAAAACAAAAGUAAACCCACAACAAGGAAAGAGAGCUUCGCUUCCUUUGAAAAAAAAAAAAAAAAAAGGAAAAGAGAAAAAAAAAAAAGGGGAUCAAGGCUCCGACGUGACCUGCCCGCCACCGCUGCUGUUUGACACCCACCAGCCCCGACGUGCGCAGGGCGAGCGCAGCCGCGCAGAGCCGCUCCCGAAACGCACCGCCCCGGGAAUUAUCGCCGCUGCCUCCGCCGCUGCCUCUGCAGGGAUUUCCAGAUCGCCAAUUUUUAAUCUUCCUUGGGAAGCCUUUUCUCUGCCUCUGUUGGGAAUUAAGUUGCUUUUAUUUUUUUAUUUUUAUUUUUUUCUUCCUGGAGAAAAGGAGGAGCAUCGUGGAUUGCGAAAGAAAAAGAGUUUAACAGAUAAAUAUUAUUUUUUCCCCCUCGUCUUCUUUUCAUCUCUUUUUCUUUUGCCAUCCGAAAGAGCUGUCAGUUGCCGACAGGCUACAUCUAGACGUGUCGGCAAAAGGGAAAAAAAAGUCAGAGACACUCCUGAAAGAAGGAGACCGUGACACUAACUCUUCCAGCUCUGCUGGGACGAGCGGCUUUGGCCGCUGUGUUUUUUCCCUUACCCCGAAAGACACUUUCCCCCUUUCCCUCUGACGAGAAGAUAAGCGGGAGGAAAGCGAGGGCACCAGAGCUGCACCUCCAAAAUGGGAGGUCGGUUCCUGCUGACGCUCGCCGUCCUCUCGGUGCUGCUGAGCCGCUGCCAGGUCGGCUCCUCCGGGGUCUUCGAGCUGAAGCUGCAGGAGUUUGUCAAUAAGAAGGGUCUGCUCAGCAACCGCAAUUGCUGCCGCGGGGGCGGCCCCGGCGCCGGCGGGCUCCAGCAGUGCGACUGCAAGACCUUCUUCCGCGUCUGCCUCAAGCACUACCAAGCCAGCGUGUCCCCCGAGCCGCCCUGCACCUACGGCAGCGCCAUCACCCCCGUCCUCGGCGCCAACUCCUUCAGCGUCCCCGACGGCGCGGGCGGUGCCGACCCCGCCUUCAGCAAUCCCAUCCGCUUUCCCUUCGGCUUCACCUGGCCCGGCACCUUCUCGCUCAUCAUUGAGGCUCUGCAUACAGAUUCACCUGAUGACCUCACCACUGAAAACCCUGAGCGCCUCAUCAGCCGCCUGGCCACCCAGAGACACUUGGCAGUGGGUGAAGAGUGGUCCCAGGACCUGCACAGCAGUGGCCGCACUGACCUCAAGUACUCCUAUCGCUUUGUGUGUGAUGAGCACUACUAUGGAGAAGGCUGCUCUGUCUUCUGCCGCCCCAGGGACGAUGCCUUUGGUCACUUCACCUGUGGGGAGCGUGGCGAGAAAGUCUGCAACCCGGGCUGGAAAGGCCAGUACUGCACUGAGCCGAUUUGUUUGCCUGGAUGUGACGAGCAACACGGCUUUUGCGACAAGCCAGGGGAAUGCAAAUGCAGAGUGGGCUGGCAGGGGCGAUAUUGUGAUGAGUGCAUCCGAUACCCAGGCUGCCUUCAUGGUACCUGUCAGCAGCCGUGGCAGUGCAACUGCCAGGAAGGCUGGGGUGGCCUUUUCUGCAACCAGGACCUGAACUACUGCACCCACCACAAGCCCUGCAAGAAUGGUGCCACGUGCACCAAUACUGGUCAGGGGAGCUACACUUGCUCAUGCCGACCUGGAUAUACAGGCUCCAACUGUGAGAUUGAAAUCAAUGAAUGUGAUGCCAACCCUUGCAAGAAUGGUGGAAGCUGCACUGACCUGGAGAACAGCUAUUCCUGUACCUGCCCCCCAGGCUUCUAUGGGAAGAAUUGUGAGCUGAGUGCGAUGACUUGUGCAGAUGGACCAUGCUUCAAUGGUGGGCGCUGCACCGACAACCCUGACGGGGGCUACAGCUGCCGCUGCCCACUGGGUUAUUCUGGGUUCAACUGUGAAAAGAAAAUUGAUUACUGCAGUUCCAGCCCUUGUGCUAAUGGAGCCCAGUGUGUCGAUCUGGGGAACUCCUAUAUCUGCCAGUGCCAGGCUGGCUUCACUGGGAGGCACUGCGAUGACAACGUGGACGACUGUGCCUCCUUCCCCUGUGUCAAUGGAGGGACCUGCCAGGAUGGCAUCAAUGACUAUUCCUGCACCUGCCCCCCAGGAUACAACGGGAAGAACUGCAGCACCCCGGUGAGCAGAUGCGAACACAACCCUUGCCACAAUGGGGCCACCUGCCAUGAAAGAAACAACCGCUAUGUCUGCGAGUGUGCCCGGGGCUACGGCGGGCUCAACUGCCAGUUUCUGCUCCCUGAGCCACCUCAGGGACCCGUCAUUGUUGACUUCACUGAAAAGUACACAGAAGGCCAGAACUCCCAGUUCCCCUGGAUUGCCGUCUGCGCUGGGAUUAUUCUGGUCCUCAUGCUGCUGCUGGGGUGUGCUGCUGUAGUCGUCUGCGUCAGGCUCAGAGUGCAGAAGAGGCACCACCAGCCUGAUGCCUGCAGGAGUGAGACUGAGACUAUGAAUAACCUGGCAAACUGCCAGCGCGAGAAGGACAUUUCCAUAAGUGUCAUUGGUGCCACUCAGAUUAAAAACACAAAUAAGAAAGUAGACUUUCACAGCGAUAACUCUGAUAAAAAUGGCUACAAAGUCAGAUACCCAUCAGUGGAUUACAAUUUGGUGCAUGAACUCAAGAAUGAGGACUCAGUUAAGGAGGAGCACAGCAAAUGCGAAGCCAAGUGUGAAACGUAUGAUUCAGAGGCAGAGGAGAAAAGGGCAGUACAACUAAAGAGUGAUACUUCUGAAAGAAAACGACCAGAUUCCGUAUAUUCCACUUCAAAGGACACAAAGUACCAGUCGGUGUAUGUCAUAUCAGAAGAGAAAGAUGAGUGCAUCAUAGCAACUGAGGUGUAAACCAGAGGUCAUAUGGCAAGGUGGUUGUUCAGAACAAUUUCAGAGGAGACGUGCCCCAAUGAAUGCUGCUGAAAGAGGAAUGGGAGAUAGAUUCCUUCACUGACUGCUGCUGAGAAACUAAAUUCAGGCUUGAGCUGGUUCUCUACUGAAGUUAGCAAAGUGACUGCAAAAUAAAGAAACAAGAUGGACACCAGGCAAGGGUCUGUGUUCAAGGAUUACUGUUGCACUGCCUUUUAUGAAUUUUAUCAUUGCACUAUGGUCAGUUGCUUUUCUAUAUAUAUUUAAAUGAAUGGACUUAAUUACUACAUAAGAAGCAUGCACUGCCUGAAGUGUAUAUUUUGGAUUAUUAUGAGCCAGUCUUUUCUUGAAUUAGAGACACAAACACUGCCUUUAUUGUCUUUUUUGAUACUAAAAUGUGUUUUUACUAGGUGAGAAAAAGUGUGUUAUUUUUUUGAAUCUGUAAAAAUAUUUUCAUGAUAAUUGUAAAGCUUGAGUAUUUUGUGAUGUUCAUUUUUUUAUAAUUUAAUUUUUUUGGUAAAUAUGUACAAAGGCACUUCGGGUCUAUGUGACUAUAUUUUUUUGUAUAUAAAUGUAUUUAUGGAAUAUUGUGCAAAUGUUAUUUGAUUUUUUUACUGUUUUGUUAAUGAAGAAAUUCAUUUUUAAAAU